AUGUUGGCAAGCAUUUUUGGGCGCAAAACUCGAAGCUCUGGCCGCAAAAAAAACAGAAAUGGAGCUCCUGCAGCUCCGCAAGAAGUUGAGGUCAAAUGCAGCAGGAAGCGGAAACGCCCUGCAGCGGAGUCAUUGGCCCCAAGCAGUGCGCCAAGCCAAAAGUUGCAGCUCCGGAGUACCACAAGUGGCGCAGCUCGAAGACGUCAAGCGAAGGAGAAAGCUGCAGCAACUGGCACUCCCUCCGACAAGGUGGCAGGAUUGGAAGCGGUCAAGGAUAGUUUGACCGAGCCUGCUCCUUCAGCUCCAGCUGUUGAGAUCUUUGGAAAAGACGCUUCUGAGUUCAAGCCAUGGGAUACGUUUGAAUUGGUGCAACAAGGCAGUGCCAAGGCAAAGCUUCCUCAGGUGCUCAUCUCUUACAUGGCCAAGUUCAAAGCGUUCAAGGAGCCAACAGCCAUUCAAGCCUAUUGCUGGCCUUUGGCUUGUGCUGGCCGGCAGGUGGUGGGAAUCUCCAAGACAGGCAGCGGAAAGACCUUGGCAUUCCUUUUGCCUGCCCUGCAGAGGGUCUUGGCCUUCAAGUUUGCAAAGACGCCUUCAUUUGGCCCUUACGCCCUGAUUUUGACUCCAACAAGGGAGCUUGCGCUACAGAUUGCACGAGAUGCAGCUGGUCUUUGCAAGGCCACAGGCAUCAAAAUGGCAUGCUUGUAUGGUGGAACCUCGAAAGGUGAUCAGAUCAAGUCACUACACUUUGGUGUUGACCAACUUAUUUGUACUCCUGGCCGUUUGGACGAUCUGGUGAGCAAACCCGACAAAUUCACUGGCCAGUCCAUCCUUUCGCUGUCCAUGGUGCACUAUGUGGUCCUGGACGAGGCUGAUUGCAUGUUGGACUUGGGCUUUGAGCCACAGGUCAGGAGGCUGUUGCAGCAUGUCGCAGAGCAAAGGCAGAUUUUGUGUUUCAGUGCUACCUGGCCCAAGAAGGUACAGGCGCUCACAAAGGAAUUACUCCCAGACGCCAUUCACAUCAAGGUCGGAGCAUCUGACGGAAUCUCUGGAAAUCGAGAUGUUGAGCAGCAUGUGAGGCUUUUGACGGGUGAUCGCUUCCAAGAGCUGAAGACGAUCUUGCAGAGCCACCCGAACCAGGCGUGCAUCAUUUUUUGUGCCUUGAAGAAGACCGCAGCAUCCCUCAACCGCUGGCUGCGUGAGGAGUCAUUCGCCAGUGGUGCCAUUCAUGGGAAUUUGAUGCAGCAAGAGCGAAUAGAGGUUAUGGAGCAAUUCCGAAAGGAAGAGCUGAAGAUUCUGGUCGCUACUGAUGUGGCAGCUCGCGGCCUUGAUCUCAAACGUAUUUUGGUCGUGGUGAACUAUGAAUCGCCUGUUGUAUGCUUAGUUCACUGA